AUCUCAUAAACAAACCUCCAUUGCUCAAUUUCCCUCAGCCUUGAUAAAAUCGCUCAGCUCCACCAUGCAGCAUCGAAGAAUAUCCUCAGCUGAACAUCCUCCACUCGAACAGAAUUCCACUUUGACCGUCGGCUUCGACCGAAAAUGUGCACGCCAUUUCGAGCACGAAUGUCGAGCUCAAGAGUCAUAAAUCCUUCUUUCUCUCAUUCUAUACCUCUCUGGUAACGAGAGUCGGAUUUCCGUUCCCAGCAUUCAGCACAUGUCGCAGUCGACGCAUUGUAAUACUGCAAUCGGCUUACCUAACGCAUAUUCUUGUCGUUCAGACAUAUAUAGCCCAAUUUCCAGCAUGUUGCGCAACCAAAGCAACCAAACCCUCAUUCUUCCCAACUUCGUAUUGUCACAAAUCUCAAUUGCGAACCUUAUUAAGACAUUAAGAUGACUGCAGUUCAAGCUCCAGUAUCCGCCCUUCACGAUAGCUUCAAUUCUCUCACUAUCGACUCUGGCCUUCCCGGCGGCCCUAGAACUGUCACCAAGCGUCAGCUCACAGAGGAGGAGAAACAGGCAAAGAUCUACGGCACUUCUUACGAGCCCUCUAUCGAGUGGUGGACUGCUAACAACAAGUCAUACAUCAAGCCCGCCGAUGAUCCUUUGCCUGAUGGUUUCCCCGAGCAGGAUAACUCCUCUAGCGCUUGGGAUGGCAAGAUCUUGAUCAACCAACCUGAGAAAUGGCUGUAUCGCUUCACCGCCGACGACAUCGCCCUCCUCGAAACCGCCUACCAGCACUUUGUCUCUCUUUCCCUCACCAAGAACGACAUCUCCCGCGAGACAUUCCCCAUCCCCACCGAUUCUACUCUCUACAAGGAACUCCGCAAGUCUGAAUACGAGAUCAAUAAUGGUGUAGGCUUGAGAGUCCUUAGAGGUUUGCCUGUCGACGACUGGGAGAGAGAGAAGCAGCUUAUCAUUUUUGCUGGUGUUUCUGCUUAUGUUGGGGAAAGAAGGAUCAAGCAGGGUAUUCAGAACGUCGUUCAUCUUCGUGACAUUACUACUCUUGACGUAGACAAGCGACCCGCUAUCACCGUCAAGGGUCAAACCAGCGGUAACCAAGUUUUCCAUAACGAUGGUAGUGUCGGUAUUGUUGGCCUUAUUACCGUCGGCGUUGCCGAGACUGGUGGUCUUUCCCAGCUUUCCUCGGUCGCCAACACCUACAACCAGCUCGCCCGCACUCGUCGAGAUAUCAUCCGUGAGCUCGCCAAAGGCGACUGGGUUACCAAGCAGUUCCCCGAAGGCAAACCCCUUUUCUUCGCGCACGAGAACCGAGUCAUCUCAUCGUACUCCCGUCGUCCCUUCUUCGGUUUUUACGAAGCCGACCCCGACGUUCCCACUCUUACCAAGGAAAAGCACCUCGCGCUCGACGCUGUCCAUUUCACCGCGGAGAAGUAUAGUUUGGAUUUGGAUCUCCAGAAGGGCGACCUUGAAUACUUUAACAACUUAACUGUGUACCAUGCCCGGACCGCCUCCACAGACAGCGACAAAAAUGCCCGUCACCUCAUUCGCAUCUGGCUCGAAAACAAGGACCAACCCCUGCCUGCCCAACUCCGCACUCUGUAUGCCAAGAUUAACGCUGGACAAGGUAAGACUUGGCCCUUGGAAGCUUGGGACACCAACCCCUACUUACCCACCGAGUCUGCGGAGGAGGAAAAGAAGGAGGGAGAGGGAGCUUCCUAUGAUUGAUACCAUGGAGAGAAGUAUUCCUACUAUUCUGACUAUGCCCCUUCUGCGAAUGUCGCGUUGUUCAAAGCUUGAUUUCGGGUGUUUUACAUUGGUUGCCUUAGUUGUAGAUUAAAAGAAGACGUGCGAAUGCAUGCUUCUUGUGUGUCGAAUGUACCAUUCUGCC